ACCUCCCAACUAGAACUUCGAUCUUGUCAGUGUACGCAUCGCGCCCGUGCCAUCUCACUCAGAUCACCGCGGCCAUUUUGGUAAAAAACGGACCAAUCACGUACAAGGGUCAUUUCGCCGUGAUGGAUGCGACCUCGCUGACGACGUCGUCGUCCGACGACGAGGCGCAGCUCGACGCUGCGAUUGUCGACAGCCUCCUGAGCACGCCGGCGCCGGCGCACUACCAGAAGAAGCAGCGCGCCGAGCUCGCGUACCUCCGCGGUCAAGUCGCAUUGCUCUCGACGCACUUGGACGCGCUAGCGUCGGCGAGGCAGGCGCCGGACGUCGGCUACUGGGAGCGCACCGCGCGCAACCUAAAGAUCGCGUCGCAGCGCGCUUCGAUUGAAAACACGCGGCUCAAGCGCGGGCUCGAAGACCAGCUCGAGCUCGCGGGCGCCCUCGAGAAGCUGCUCGUGAAGCGGCCGCGCCUCGCCGCGCUGCCGCUCCAAGACGUUGUCGACUGGAAGCUCCGACGACUGCCGUCGGACCCGACGUGCCGCGCCGCCGCCUUCCACGCGAUGCUCGACGACGCGCAUGCGCACCUCGAGACGCUCCUCGUGCGCACCAGCAUCCUCGACGCGCCGAUCGGACACCGACGCCUGAGCGUCCACGAGGUCGACGACAGCAUCCGCGUCUCGAUGCAGAGUGUCGCAGACAUCCAGAAGGACUUCAUUGCGUGCAGUGAUGCGAUCUGGUCGCGCUGGCAUGGCCAGCUCACCGCGUCCUUGCCGCACGUUCGCAUGGAGUGGAUUGAGGACUUUGGCGCGAGUGGCGUCUACGUGCAGCUGUCGACGAGCUUGGACACGACGAACCAUGCACCCUGUGUGUACAUUAUGUAUGCGAUCAAGCGCUUUGUCUUCCAAGAUCGCAUCGUCUUUGUUCUCAAGACAGUGCUUGAAGACGAGAUGCACCCGCCGCCGCCCGGACAACUUAUUGGCAACCACAACGCGUGUAUCCUUGUGCAGGCAGCAGGCGCCAACCGCACGAUUCGGCGCAUGGUCGUUGAAGGGAAAUUGCCGGCGGAAGCGCCGCAGCAGAACCCGCUCUACCACUCGCCCGUUCGCAUCAGCGACACCGUCCUCACGCUGCUCCGGUCGGUCUUCGACGAACUUGAAACCAUUUUGAGCUAGCAAUUGUGUUUCGUCGUAUGAACUACAAUUGUAGUAGUACAUGUAUAGUGGACUUUCACGAUACGGUCGCGUCGUACCACAAAAUGCAGCAAAGCUUAUGAUGCCUU